AUGGAAUUUGAUGAAAGAUUUAUCGAGGAUCUCCUUCUUAGUUAUGAAGGUGACCUUUUCCUACCUGAUCCGGAAGAACUAGGCAACUUUGACACCCCCACCUCGUGUCCCCCAUCGCCCCACUUGGGAGCCACGCCUGCGAUCGACGAUGUUCCAGAUCUGCUGCUGGACUACCCUGAGAAUGCCGAGAGCCAAGCUGCCCUAUUUGAACGAGUGCAAAAAUUGGAAGAGGAAACAAAACAACUUAUGCUAAUGAUUUAA